AUGUCUGUUCGAAGUCGUCCAACAAUAAGUUGGUCACCAUCAUUAUCAGCUAGAAGUAGAUCCACUAAUUUAAGUACUGAUACAAAACCAUUAGUAACUACAAGAACAAAAUUACUUCGACAAACAAUUAAUAAUCAAAAUAAUUUUUCACAAUAUAUGACAAAGAAAAAACAUGAUAUAGAAGAAUUAUUUCAAUUAUAUUAUUCGAAUAAUGUUAAAUUUGAUAGUUUUAAAAAACAAAUUGUUACUGGAACACGUAUUCCAACAGCACGAACAGUUCCAAUACCUCAAAAUAAUUUAAUAAGUACUUCGAUACAUACAUUUGAUUCAAAACAUUGUGUUAGUCGUGAACAAUUGAGUACAUUAGACUUGAAUAGUAAUGAAAUAAAAACAAAACUAACUGAACCAUGUCAAACUCAUAAAGAUGUUCCAGUAGCAACAUUAGAUCCUAGUCUUUCUUCACCAGUAACAAUACCUACAAUUCCAAAUCUACCAGAAAUAUCUACAUCAACUGAACAAGCUGAAUUAUAUGAUCCACCACUUGUUAGAAGUGUUACUUUUCUUGAUGAUAAUUUUAAUGAACUAAAUGAUAAUACUAAUACACAAAAUCAACGUCCAAAAUCAUCAUCAACAACAACAUCAAGUAUACCUAUAAUUCUCGCACCGCCACCAUCCUUUCUAGUACCAAAAACUAAUAAACAACAAAAUGAACCAUCAGUUUCAUCACAACAACAACAACAACAAAAUCAACCAACUGUUGUAACUGGUUCAGCAGUUAUAGUUCGACAUCGAUCACCAAUAAGAUCAUCAUGGAAUAGACAACGACCAAGAUCAAAUACAACAUUAUCAAACAAUUCAUCUGCACGUCAAUUAAGUCCAAAAGUUCGUCCAUCAUCAAGAUAUAGUUCUUUAUCAAUCGGAUCAGAUAUGCCUGAACCACCACCUGUUUAUCCCAAUCCACAACGUAUUGUAUCAAUUCCAUCAAAAUGCAGUCGUUAUGUUCUUGUUACAUUUCCUGAAGUUCCAUUUCGUUAUAGUACACCAUCUUAUGUUGAACGUAUUUUAUUACCAGAACGUUUUCCAACUUUAUUUCAGAAUAUAACUCAUAGUUAUGAUGAACAAAUAACUAAUAUUCAUCAUCGUCGAAAAGGAAAAUAG